UUCCAGAUCUCCGCGCCACAAAAUUCAAUAAACAUGUCGGACGUCAAGGAUGAGAACUUUUGGAAAGGAUUUUGACAUUAGUUUUAAAGGUUAAGACCAUAGAAAACGCCAUAGAAAGGAGACCAGAAUGACUGACAAAAGCUCAGAGUCGCUUAUGCAAUACUUGAAUGGUGAAAUAUCGGUUUUUGAAUGGUUGGAAAUUGGAGACGAGGAAAAAGGCAAUGAAGAAAACAAGGAGACAAGCAUGCAACUAGUUGAUGAGGAUGAGGAUGAUGGAGAUGAUGGUGAUGAUGAUGAUGAUGAUGGUGACUUAGAAGAAGAAGAUUUAGAGAGUGAAGGUCAAGGAGACAAUGAUACUGCUGAUGCCGAAAUUGCUCCAUUAUCUUCUGAGAGUCAGGAAUUAACAGAACCAAUUCAAGAAAUGCCAAAAACAGACUCUCCAGCACCAGGAAUCACAGAGGUACAAACACCAAGACGCAUGACAGAGCUACUCCUUGGACUACCUGGWGCCAAGAAGGCUCAGAAACUUGGUGGAACAAGCGUGGAUGAGUUUCGUGCUGAUAUCCCCAUUUCCAGGAAGCGUAGACAAGGUCGACCCAGGAGGAAUGAAGUCCCUCCAAAAUUUAGGCGUCGGAUGGGAGAAGCUAAUAUCUUUUGUGCAAAGGGKGAAUAUGACAAAGCAAAGGAUAUUUGUAUUGAAAUAAUAAGACAAGUUCCAAAGUGUCCUGAACCCUUUCAAACUCUUGGAAUGCUGUAUGAAAUGCAAGGUGACAUGGAAAAAGCACUGCAGUUUCUUCUUAUAACGGCUUAUUUGAGYAAGACUGGUGAUGUUGAAGAAUGGCUGAAACUUGCUGGCAUGUCMCUGGAACAAAACAACUAUAAACAAGCCAUGGCUUGCUACAAUCAGGCACUAAAGCAAGAUCCUGACAAUUUUAGCAUAUUAUGGGAUAAAGCAGCUUUGUGUUACCAGAUGAACGACAUGAAAAAAGCGAUAGAAGGUUAUGAAGCUACUUUGAAGGUUCUCCCAACUGAUUGCCCAGAAAAGUAUUUUGAUUUGGCAAUAGAAAUAGCAAUGAUACACCAUGAAAACUCUUCACUUGACAAGGCUAUAGAAGUAAUGUCCACAGCCUUUGAAAAGUACCCAGGCUAUUCAGACUUCAGAGCAAUAAAUCUGUUAGCGGAAUUUUACAUAUCUGGAAAGUGUUAUUCUUUGGCUCUAAGGAAUAUUUGUACGUUAUGCCAUAUCACCCAGCAGUCAUACCCAAGUGGGGAUGCUUCGUCAGACACCAUGGAACCGCUGUCAUCAUUUUCUAAUUUAAUGGGUUAUGACAUAGAGAGUUCUCCUCAAAAAGGAAAAGAAAUCAAAACCAUAACUCCUGCAUCUCCAAUCAGAAYAGUCCCAAAUAUGAACCCUGAUAGCAAGUGGUUUAUACCUGAGGAAGUUCCUAUAGACCUGAGAGUCAAGACUGUAGUCUGCUUAAUUCAUAUCAGGUGUUUAAGACCAGUGAAGGCUUUGAUGUCUGCACUUUUUCUAGAGAACAUAGAAGAUGUUGGGGAUCUGUUCUUGGACAUUGCCGAGGCAUAUGCUGAAACAGGAGAACAUACCAAUGCAUUACCAAUCCUUGAUGCAUUAAUUGAAACUAACAAGUAUAACCAGGCAGGGGUGUGGCUUAAAAAGGCCCAGUGCCUGAUGUCUUUAGGUCGUCUGGAACAAGCCAUUAUGGCUUAUAAUCAAGUUGUUAACCUGGCUCCCAAUCAUCUGGAGGCAAGGCUCACCCUUUCUUCAUUACAUCAGCAGCUUGGGAGACCAGACCAGGCUCUGGAUAUCUUAACUGAUCGGACAAGUGAGCAAGGRUAUACUGGUGAGAUCUUGGCAGCUGACAGUUCUCAAGACGCAACAUCUGACGAAGCCAUGGAAACAGACCAGGAACCACCCAAAGAGACUCCUCAACCAAGGGAUUAUAGCCUGCUCUUUCACAAGUGUGUCCUGUUAGACUCACAAAACCGUACCAAGGACUUUGUCGAUGCCGGCCUGCAACUGUUUUCUAUGUAUUUUAAUGAUGUCUAUCACAUGCUUCCUGACGAAGAGGAAAGAUGUCUCGCAUUUAAACUUAGAAAAAGGAAUUCUGGAAAAAAAGCCACAGACACCGAAAGUAUAGAUUCUGAGACUCCUAAACCCAAGAAAAGUAAAAAUAGAAAAGAAAGUGAAGACUUAGUUCCAGCAUUAAGAGCGAAGGACGAUACAGGGUUUCGAGUAGAGGAAUGGUGGGACAUGCUAAAGAAGGUUAUUUUUCAAGCGUCAUCCAUAAAACGACACAAAGAUGCCGAACACCUUAUCCUCUGUGGCCUCAACUCACGGCGACUCACACCUUACAAAGAUUACCAACAAGAACUGGAAUUCAUGAGUGUUUUUGCUUCUUACAUCACUGAAAGAUACUCCCUGGCUUUUGACUACCUUAGACCGUUCUUGAGCUCUAUCCCUGAGAAGACAAUGCUCUGGAAUAUGUUAGCGUUGAUCGUGUGCAAGACAGAAGAUAUCAGACACCAUCGAUUCUGUAUGCGGUUGAUGGCCAAGCACCCUGAUAACCUUGCCCUGAAUAUUAUGAAUGCUCACAAUGCAUUCGUGGCUGGGAACUACAAAUAUGCGAUCACUGAGUAUGUACGCGCAUUCCGUCAGAGGCCGGACGACCCGUUGAUCAGUCUGUGUUUAGGAAUACAGUUUAUACAUCUUGCUUGUCAGAAGUUUCCAAGAAAAAGGCACAUAACUGUACUGCAGGGCAUUAUUUUCCUUUUCCAAUAUCUUGCUUUAAGAGGAGAAUGUCAAGAAGCUUAUUAUAAUAUUGGCCGAGGAUUUCAUCACUUAGGUCUUACUCAUUUUGCUGUACAUUAUUAUCAAAAAGCACUGGAGUUCCCAUACCAUCUCGCCUCAAAGGAAAAUGAUGGAAACGUUCAGAUAUCCCAGAAGCAUGAUCUUCAUCGAGAGGCAGCAUACAACCUUUCUCUCAUAUACAGGGCCAGUGGAAAUGACGUUCUGGCGAGAAAGCUACUCCACCAGUAUAUCAUAAUAUGACAAAUACACAAAUACUACUAAUAUAACGAUGAGUAUCAGAUAUAAACUGAUUUGGAAGUAAGUUGUUAUAUCAAUAAAUCGAUCUCUAAGAAAA